UAGCACUUCGUCUUCGCCGAUGGCUUUCGCGUCUGCAAGUUCGAGUUUCUCGUCUCGAUCUACUGGUUUCUUCAAUAGAUCAGCUUCGCCGACUGGUGUUAAUCUCUGUGGAUCCGUUCCAUCGACGCCUUCGGUUCGGUUUUCGAUCGACAGAUCUGUUUCACCAAGCAGAUCGAUUGCAGUUUCUCCUCGUGAUCAGGUACUGAAGAAGCAGAAUUAUCCUCUGUCAGCUCCGUCGUCUCCUAGGAGAACGUGUAUGUGCUCUCCGACGAAUCAUCCUGGUUCUUUUCGUUGUAGUCUUCACAAAGGUUUCACCGGUCCACAUCAUCGUGCUGGAUCGUAUUCGUCGUCUAAUCGAUUGAACGCUCGGAGAUCAGCGAUGACGAAUUCGCUGGUCCGGAUCGGUACUGUUGAGGGAGAAUUGGUUAAGAGAGCUUUAGCGGCUCUGAUCCGACCUUCUUCUCAUCAGCAGAGGAGAAGAGCCGGUUUCCAGCCAAGGCCUAGUCGGCUUUCUAACAUGUCCAAAGCCGAAGAAUUGUGAUCAGUCGUGCAGGUUCGUUCAAUUACAUCCCUCGAUACUCCUGUGUAAAUCUCUUCUAUUGCUUGAGUGUUUCGUGUAUGGAUACG